UGUUUACCAUCUCCGAGAAAAGCAUCAAAAUGAUAUUUUUCCGAAGAUUUUCCACGAAAAUUGUGAAAGAAAUCAGUCCUUACUCCAAAAUUAAGAUCAACGGAGGCUUCAACUACAAAAUUAAACCUUUUGAUCUAUUCGAGUGUCAGGACUCCAACAAGCUUCGUGUAUCAUUUGAAACUCCCGCAGAAUCCACCGAGCAACUCCCCAAAGUUCAAAUAACCGACAAUCAUGUCGAAUUAACAGAUUCCGGCGCCAACAAGAAUCUCUGUUGUCUCUUAGAAGUCCCCAUCAAAUCUGAUCUCACUGUUAAAACUUCACAAAAUGUCUCAAUUUCCGAUUUGUACAGCGAUUUGUUGGAUAUCGAAGCAAAAAAUGUUCGCACGAAAAAUAUUCACGGCACAGAUAUCAAAAUAAGCACAAAUGGAGGCGAAAUCUCAUGCACAGGCCUUCUCUUGGGCAAAGACAUUAAAUUUUUCCUCGAUUCGGGCGAUUUAACAAUUGAUCGUAUUCAAGGAGAGAAACUUGUGAUUAAACAAAAUGACGGAAAAAUCAACAUUUCUUCAUGUUACUCGACUUAUUCGCAAUUUGACUGCACAAAUUCCGUGAUGAACUUGAAAAAUAUCCACAAAUUGUGUCACAUUCAUGCCCACGGAAGCGGAGAAUUGACCAUGCAUGGCUUUUCGGGCACUUUAAUUGCCGAUCUUGACGAUUAUUUGAUGAAUUUGCAAUUUUCAGAGGUUCUUGGAAGGAGUAAAGUGACUUGCAAAAGCGAUAAACCCUCAACUGUGAACUUGGCAUCGCAAAUUUUGGAGAAUUGUUACGUCAAAUUGAAGGCAAAUCGCAUGAAUUUGGACGAAGAGUUAACUUUACUCAACUUAAGUACCAACGGCGAGCACAUUCGGAUCAACGACAAGUCCUUUGCGAACCAUUUGCGGAUCGUGCACAGCAACGAAGUGCUUUUGGGGAAACUUGCGUGGGCGGAUGCCUUCAAUUUCGGCGAAAAUGGAGAGAAAUUUCAACUAAAAGACGUAAAAUAAUUUUAAAAAAUUAAUUUUUUAUUCACUUGAAUGUACUUAGACGACAAUUUUUGGUGUUUUUAGAUCAAAAGCACGCAUCAGCAUUGAAAAUUUCUGUAAAUAAAAAGAAAAAUUGGUUAAAGCUUGCUUUGAAAAAGACAAA